AUGGGAGAUUACGGCGGAUCUGCGCGGCGAAGACGGAGCAGAGGCCGACGAGAGGGGGCUGGCGCGGGGGGCGAGGGGUGGGGCGACGACGCGUGGGACGCGGGCGUGGACAGCAGCUGGGAGGCGGCCGGCCGAGGUGUGCCGUCGGACUGGAGCGCGGCAGACUCCGACAUCCUCAUCCUCACGCCUUCCGAGGCCCGGAGGGUCCUCCCGCUCGUCCCCGUCGGCGCGCAAUUCCAGCACUUUGUAGGUGACGGGACCCAGGUGCUGCAGCGCGUGGCGAUCGGCGUGCUGGCGGCGGUGGUGGGGUCGCAGGUGCCGCUGCUCGGCGCCGUCGGGCUCGGGUUCCCGCUCUGGGCGCCCUGGGCGCAAGCCGCGGCCCGGAACUUCCCGUUGUCUGGGUACCCAGUGGCGGGGCUGUGGCGGUGCCGCGUGCUGUCCGCGGAGGUCGUGCGGGUGCCGAGGGUGUCGUUCGAGACGGUGACGGGGUCCGGGCGCGCCGGUCCGGUCGAGGAGGUGCUGCGCGUCGUCGUGGGAGACCCCGGGGGGCCUUCCGCGGACAUCGAGGUGCCGAUGCGGGGGGAGUAUUACGACGUCAGGGAGGGCGACCCGUGCGAGCUGGUGGCGGUCGCGGAGCGCCGGACGAUGGCGGGGAUGCGGAUCGUGCGCGACGCGUACCUCCCGCUGCAGGGGGUCUUUUUGGCGGACUACCCCUACCUCGACCGCGCGUCCUUCCUGGCCGUGGCCGCGAAGGUCCGCGACGGUGGGUAG